AUGAGCGACCUUGAUAAAGCGAUCGCUCAACUCCGAGCAUGUCGUCCGAUCCCCGAGGCGCAAGUUAGGGAACUUUGCCAUAAAGCUCGAGAACUCUUGAUCGAGGAAGGAAAUGUCGUGACAGUCACAGCUCCCGUAACGAUAUGUGGUGAUAUCCACGGACAGUUCCAUGAUUUAAUGGAACUCUUUAGAGUUGGAGGCGAUCCUCCAGACACAAACUACCUUUUCAUGGGCGACUUUGUCGACCGUGGCUUCUACUCACUAGAAUCAUUUCUCCUACUCCUCUGUUUAAAAGUUCGCUAUCCCGAUCGUAUGACACUGAUUAGAGGCAACCACGAGUCUCGUCAAAUAACGACAGUUUAUGGAUUUUAUGACGAGUGCCUUCGAAAAUAUGGCAGUGCUAACGUUUGGAGGUAUUGCUGCGACGUUUUCGACUAUCUCGCUCUCGGAGCUAUAGUGCUUAACGCGUCAAAUACACUCUCGCCUCCCAAUGAGAUGACACCUAGCGAGGAAUAUACUCAACAGGAUAUUGAGAUUGAAGUGUGCAAUGCAGAUGGAGAUAUCAUGAGCCGAUUUAUGAGACGAAACAGCGAUCAAUCUAUAGACCGCGAGCGGAAAAGUCCUAACGGGACCCAACCUAAGACUGGCCCUCCGGGGUCGGGCGCGUCAGGUUCUAGUGGGGGCACCAUUGGCAAUCCGACAGGAGCAGUUUUAUGUGUACACGGCGGUUUGUCACCCCUGAUCGAUACGGUGGAUAAGAUCCGCCUAUUAGAUCGCAAACAAGAAGUACCUCAUGAGGGUGCCAUGUGCGACCUUUUGUGGUCCGAUCCGGAUGAGAUUGACGGCUGGGGUCUGUCGCCACGCGGCGCAGGCUUUCUCUUUGGCGCGGAUAUUGUCAAGGUCUUCAACCAUAAGAACGACCUUUCGCUCAUUGCGCGCGCCCACCAGCUCGUCAUGGAAGGUUUCAAGGAAAUGUUCGAUGCGAGUAUCGUUACGGUUUGGUCGGCGCCUAACUACUGUUAUCGAUGCGGUAACGUGGCCGCUGUCCUAGAGUUAUCCGAGGACCCGACCGGAGAGAGCUUUUUCGCGCGCAGCAACGGCGAUGUGGGUCGGAGCGACGGCGGGGUAGAGGGUGUUAUGAUAGAGAGCGAGAAGAGGCUCAAGAACGGUCCAGCAAGGAGAUAUCGCGUAUUCCAGGCCGCACCGCAAGACUCCAGGGGUAUGCCUGCCAAGAAGCCAGUGGCAGAUUACUUCCUAUAG